GUUGCUGUGUGUUCAAAAGUGUGCAGGGAACAGAGGCAGUGAAAGGAGCCAGAGGGACCUGAGGCCGGAGGUCUUCAUUAGGAAAGACACGGACCCUUCCUAUUGAACUGAUAGAAGAACCACUAUAAGGAGUUAUAACUCUGUAAAAUAUGGUGCUGUUUGGAUUAUUCCUCUUCCUCAUCCUCACGGAACCAUGUUUUGGACAGUAUGAGCACUGGCUGUACUAUCCUGAGUAUUCUGAACCACAAGCACCGGAGCCGCCGCCCACUCAGCCUCCUGCCAAUGUGCCCAAGAUCCAUUUGAGGUUGGCAGGAGAGAAGCGCAAGCACAACGAGGGGAGAGUAGAGGUUUUCUAUAAAGAUGAGUGGGGCACCAUCUGUGAUGACGAUUUCUCCAUUUAUGCUGCCCAUGUGGUCUGUAGAGAGCUGGGCUUCCAGGAGGCGGUGUCAUGGUCACCCAGCUCCAAGUAUGGCAAGGGAGAUGGCAAAAUAUGGCUGGAUAACGUCAACUGUAAUGGAAAAGAGAAAAGCAUUGCCGCGUGCAGCUCCAAUGGAUGGGGGGUAUCAGACUGCAAGCACAGUGAGGAUGUGGGGGUGCAGUGUAGUGACCGCAGAAUACCCGGAUUUAAAUUCGACAAUGAGUUGGUGGGACGGCUGGAGGAGCUUAAUAUUCAGGUGGAGGAUGUAAGGAUCCGAGCCAUCCUGUCUUCGUAUCGCAAGCGAGUGCCAGUGACAGAAGGUUACGUAGAGGUAAAGGAGGAUGGUACUUGGAAGCAGGUUUGCAACACAUACUGGAGCAGCAAAAACAGCCGAGUAAUUUGUGGAAUGUUUGGCUUUCCCAGCGAGAGGAAAUAUAAUGUCAAGGUGUACAAGAUGUUUGCAGAACGCAGGAAGCACACGUACUGGCAAUACUCGGCUAAUUGUACAGGGAGGGAGACCCAUAUCUCCUCCUGCAGUGUUGGAAAAAAGCUUUCCCCAGAACCUAAUUCUAACACAGUCUGCGAGGAAGGUUCCCCAGCAGUGGUCAGCUGUGUUCCGGGAAGAGCCUUUGCUCCAAGUCCUGCUACUGGCUUCAGAAAGGCAUUCCGUCAGGAGCAGCCACUGGUGCGCCUGAGGGGUGGAGCCAACACCGGGGAGGGCCGAGUGGAAGUGCUAAAGAAUGGAGAGUGGGGUACAAUUUGUCAUGAUCAGUGGAACUUAGUGACUGCCAGCGUGGUCUGCAGGGAACUGGGGUUUGGCAGUGCCAAGGAAGCCCUGGCAGGGGCACAGAUGGGUCAAGGUAUGGGUCAUAUUCACUUGAGCCAGAUUCGGUGUAAUGGAAAUGAGAAGUCAAUUAUAGAUUGCAGUUUCAAUUCUAAUUCCCAUGGGUGCAAUCACGAGGAGGAUGCAGCUGUUAAGUGCAAUGUGCCAGCCAUGGGUUUCCAGAACCAGGUGCGCCUGAGUGGAGGGCGUAAUCCCCGAGAGGGGAGGGUGGAAGUUCUGAUGGAACGUAAUGGAACCCUGAAGUGGGGAACAGUGUGCAGUGAAAACUGGGGUACAGUAGAGGCCAUGAUUGUGUGCCGACAGCUGGGACUGGGAUUUGCCAGCCAUGCUUUUCAGGAGACCUGGUAUUGGCAGGGCGAUGUUACUGCAGAUGAUGUUAUUCUAAGUGGAGUGAAGUGCUCUGGCACAGAGAUGUCAUUGUCACACUGCAGACAUGAUGGAGCACUUGUCAACUGCCCUAAAGGAGGAGGACGAUUUGCUGCAGGAGUGUCCUGUACAGAAACUGCCCCAGAUCUAGUCCUCAAUGCCCCUCUUGUGGAGCAGACCACUUAUCUUGAGGAUCGACCCAUGUUUAUGCUUCAGUGUGCCCAUGAGGAGGAAUGCCUCUCUUCUUCUGCAGUCAACACCAGUCCCACUUCUGGCUAUCGCCGCCUCCUGCGCUUUAGUUCCCAGAUACACAACAACGGACAAGCAGACUUUCGCCCCAAGAAUGGACGUCAUUCUUGGAUAUGGCACGAGUGCCACCGGCAUUACCACAGCAUGGAAGUUUUUACUCAUUAUGAUCUGCUAAGUUUGAACGGCACUAAAGUUGCUGAGGGUCACAAGGCCAGUUUUUGUCUGGAGGAUUCUGAGUGUGAAUCAGAAACAAUGAAGCGCUAUGUUUGUGCUAACUUUGGGGAGCAAGGGAUCAGCGUUGGCUGCUGGGAUAUCUACAGACAUGAUAUUGACUGUCAGUGGAUUGAUAUCACAGACGUAGCUCCAGGAGAUUACUUCUUUCAGAUUAUUAUUAAUCCCAACCAGGAGGUGGCAGAGUCAGACUACACAAAUAAUAACAUGAAGUGUCGAUGUCGAUAUGAUGGUCAACGGAUAUGGAUGUACAACUGCCAUAUAGGCGGAUCUUACAGCACAGAGACAGAGGAGAGGUUUGAGCAGUACGCAGGCCUUCUGAACAACCAGCUUUCCACGCGAUAGAGUCCUCAGGAGAUGAAACGCAUCCUAUCAUUACUGGAGAGUGCAUUGACACAAUAUGACUCAGCCAACAGGCUUAGGGGAAAACAGUUAAAAACCACUGCCUUAUGGUAUAAACCCUUUCCAAGUACCACAAGGCAAAAAUGUGCGGGUGCAGCUUAAAGCCAAUUUACCUUUCCUGAUAAUAUAUUUAAAAAACAAAUUAUUUUUAAUGUUUUAUACUGCCUAAGGACACCCCAGCCUUUUUUCCCCACAAUGAUGCUCAGAGUGUUUUUUUGGCCACAUAACUGUCACAGAGCAAGAACGUCUACCAAGUGGUCUAGUACAGAACGUGCAGAUUUGACUUGAUAUUGUAUAUAAGUAAUCUGCAUCUCUAGAAUUUCUCCAGGGAAACAUUAAAGAAAACUAUGCAAAUACUCAGAUACAGCUGUAAUGGUGGAUUGGACAUCUGUCUUCAGCAAUCCAGAUGAGCAGAUGUUAUUUAAGCUAUGGAAUGGAUAGAUUUAUGGCCACUGAAAUUCAACUGUUUAAGUUUUUUAUGACCUUCUCACAGUAUUAGAGUCUGCACUUCCAGAGCUACCCUUGCAUACUGCUUCUACGUUGCUCCUAAUCUUGACCCACCCACCCUGAUUUUGUAUUGCACUCCCUCCAAAUCCUUAGUCCUGCACUUUUUAUUAUAAGUGCCUACACAGUAUUCUUACUCACUGGGUAUUAUGGUGCUAUUUAUACCCCCUCCUGCCAGUGAGACCACCAUCAUUUGUUUGUAAUACUGAUUAUUGUUAUAAGCAAUAUUUUAAAUAUGCCAAAGAUUAUGUUUUCUUUGUUCUCCAGCGACGUGUCUAGUAUGAUUUUGCAGAGCCAGUUAGAAAAGAAAUGUAUCUUUGUACAAUGUCAUGCAAAACAGAUACCCCGAGUGUGUCAGGCGUUCAGAUAAAUAUGUACACUGCAUGGGUAUAUGUCAAUAGUCUGUAUACAUUCUACUGUAUAGAUACCCUGCCGUUUGUACACAUUUUCCUAUGCAGGAGAUGAUGAAAUAUGUUCAUCUUCUGCAUGGCAAUCAUUCUGUAAAACGUAUAUUGUUACCUGCAUGGGGAACAAAUUCUACAGCUAAUUUUUUAAGAUUUUGUUUUUCUUUGAACACAGCAUUCCGCCUUCUCUUUUUGUGUGUAUACCAGACCAGCAAGCAGGCAAGCUGCUGAGUAUUAUUUUCUGUAUAUGUCUAGAAAUAAAUUAUAACUUAUUACCAUUUUACAAAAUGCUGCUUAACUUCUUCCUUGUGGCGCUGCUUGUGUUCAUACUACUGAAACACAAUGCACCAUCACAGCUGGGAUGACGUUAAGGAAUAAUGCAGGUGCUGGGUGUGCGUUUUGGUCAAAGGAUCCUGUUUUAUAAGGUCUGUUGCCUUACCACUCAGUGCCUGACUUAUACUUGAAUCAAAGCCUCCAUGUUUUCCCUCCAAUGUUAUUAUUUGGGAAAUAAAAAUGUUUGCCAGCA